AUGCCCUUUCCUCGGCGACGCCAGAAGGGUGACCUGGAAGCUGCCAGCACUGUUCCCCGAAAUAUGGGCCCAGUGCGUAAGAAUGAGCGGCCUGCCGGCCUCCAGGAUGCCAUCGACGAACUCGAUGAACGCCAACGUCUAUACUGGAGCCGGUGGGAAGGCAGGGAGCACGACAUCCUGCCUCACACGGAUGCCGGCGGCGACGCAUAUUACAUUGGCGACAUAUACGACGGCCUGCGGUGCGCUCAAGAGUGGGAACUGGACAACCCGGGCCCAUAUCUGCAGCGUAUCCGCGCUCUAUCCUCAGAGAGCCCUCAUCUGAUGUAUCUCGCACACUGGAUGGAAGUCACAGCAUCGCCUCCGAAGUGGACAUGGCUGAAGCACUUCCCCGAGAAUCGUGCACUGAGAGCAGCCAGAACCAAAGUCGGGAUUGUCGAUCUGAGCCAGAACGCGCCUGCGACUGUCACGGAAUAUAAAGAUACGACGAGUCUGGAACAAGCUCUCGCGUUGGCUUCCGGACAUCUUGGUACUGGAACAUUUCGUGCCCGGCUUGUGGUUGUUGAGUAUCUCUCGCGAGACGUGAUCGAAUGGUACUCCCGAAAACGCCCGCCUUCGCAGCUCAGAGUCGACAAUUAUUGA